GAGGCUGCUGCAGCUGGACCGACUCCCGACCGGGACCAGAACAACACCGGCCUACAGACUAACAUCUGAUCUCACCGUGAAUCUGACACUACAGGGUUUCAAUCCACCAUGAGAGACUACUCAGCGGCUCCGAGCAACGGAGGCGCCUGCAUGCCGUGCUGCCAAGUUUGCGUCUUCGCCUUUACCGCAUUUCUCAUCGUUGCAGAGAGGACUGCGCUGAUCUAUUGCUUUGUGUACUACCUAUGGGUGGGUCACAACUACUGCUAUGCCCAUCUCGCUGGCUUCACUGCGCUGUUCCUGCUGCCAGGCUGGGGUCCUCAGUGGCUCAGUUAUCUGUGGUACCUGUCAGAUGGACGCAUCCGCAGGAAGUCUCUCACCUGGACACACAUACUGCACCUGGGUAUCUUCAAAAGGCUGUUGGAGUGCAUGUGUCUGCCAGAUGAGGAUGUGUACAGCGAGAUCAUGCAGCAGGCUGAUGUAUCAGCCUUACGUCUGUUUGAGGCGUUGGUGGUCACCCUCCCUCAGACGCUGCUGCAGACCUACGUGCUCAUCUGCACUGAUAUAGGGAUCAAAUCUCCAGCCUCGGUGUGUUUUGUGGUGUGUUUGUUAUCUCUGGCCUGGGCCUUGGUCCUCUAUGCCAGAGCCUGUUCACUCAUCAGACCAGGACACCUACAAAUGACCCCUGCUGCCAUCCUCUGCCGACUUCUGUGGAGGGUCAGUAUGUUGGGAUCUCGAUUUGCUGUUCUCAUGCUCUUCACACGUAUCUUCAAACAGUGGAUCCUGGGAGUCCUUGGUGUGCACUGGCUGGGUGCAACUUUCUGGAUGGUGUCUCAGCAGACCGACAUCAUACGUUCAACUAGUCGAUGGAGACUCUUCAACCUGGUGCUGGGAGCCAUCCACAUCUUUCUGUUCCUCAAUGUGAAGUGGGGUCAAUCCAGAUACCGCAUGGCUGGGUUCUACCUGGUCAUGUUCUUAGAGAACGCUUUGCUUCUUCUGGCCUCCUCGUGGUUGUUCACCAUGGUGUCCUGGGACACUGUGGGGAUCCCAGCUGCAGUGUUCUGUAGCUUCCUCAUCGGAGUGAUAGCAUUGGUGCUCUACUAUCGUUUCCUCCACCCCAAGUCCUUUGAGAUUUUCCAGAGUAUUCGCCACAGGGGGAUAGGUGGAGCCUGCGCUGAACGUGGAUCUACACUGUCAUUGGAGGAGAAAGUCACACCCACUUUCCAUCGCCAUGCAACACUGUCUGGAGGUGGGACCCUCAUGGAUCUCCCUAUCCAAUGGGAGGGCUGGAAACAUCACCACUGGCUGUUGAUUCGCUUGGCCAUGAAGACGGGGGAUGUCACUAAGAUCUGGACGUCGUAUGGCGAGGGGGGACUGGCUGGACUGAUGGGUCUGUCUGAGGAAGUUCACUCCCCUGAUGAACAUCAUGUCCCUCGGAUGCCGCUUGUUCAGCCGCAGGUUCCUCAGAUCUCACAACCAGCUCCUCAACCACCUCCACCACAGGUGAGAGAGGUGGUCCAACCACCAAAGCCAGUUCCCUCCACUGUGGUAGCCAGGCCAGUGAGAAAAGCUCCACCCACAACAAUCCACGAUAUAAGAAAUUUUCCAGAGAUCAUCCCGGUACAGGAGGUCAUUCCUGAAGAGAGUGCAGAAGACGAGUCCAGCGCUGCACCAUCUGAAAAAGGUGAUGAGGAGUUUCAGAGUGCUGCUUAUGGCUCACCAACACCUUCAUCCCCGCGGCAACCAAGCAGCCUUCGCCAUGUUGACAGCAACGCUGCGUCCCUGACCGAAGCCUCGUCCUCCGUGGGUUCCCUGGACAUCAAGACUCCCGGCUGGUCACCUGAGCGACGUUCCCCUCUCCUGAUUGGUUCUCCAGAGAAAAGGCCAUCACUGCCUGGAGAGUCCACCACUACGCUGUACUUCAGCGCGGAUGCACAAUCUCCCUCCAGUGGGAGCUAUCUGGGCUGGGGCUCCGAGUUGUCGCCCAUCUCCACCUACAGAAGUCCCUACCGGAUCAGGGAGGCUCGUUUUAUCACAUCCACCCCACGCCUGGAGCCUCGAUCUGAGAGUCCAGGUCCAUCUCCUGUUGUUAUCAUCCCGGCCACUCCAGGUACAACUCCGGGCCCCACCCCAGGUGGAAGCCCCGGUGCAUCAACCCCUUCUGCAUCAUCAACACCUGCAGCUUCGACUCCUGCUCCUUCAACGCCCGCUGGUUCAACUCCUGGUACUCCAAUCGUUCCACUCACUCCAGUCAUCUCCCACGCUCGCAAACAGAUGGUCCAGUUUGUGGACACUAGAGAGAGAAUGGUGUAAGGAGGGUGGAGGGUCAAGGGGAAGAACAACUGGGUGGGCAGUGGUGUCUUUUUUAGUUUAGCAGUUUAGGAUAUACAUGAAUUCAUGCAUUAAGUAACCUGGGGAAGGCUUGGCGGGGAGUGAAGGGGUCUUUUCAGCUCAGUUCAUUUGAGUCAGUCAUGGAAGAUAUACAAUAUAAAUUCUUAUUUAUGUUUUUCUCCCUGACAUGAAGAUGCAAGGGUCACAUACGCAGACAUUUAGGAUGCAUAGAUAGCACACUUGCUGGAGGAGAGUGUGAUAGUAUGAACGCCCUCAUAUGCUACUUUGGAAAAGGUGAAAAGGAAGCAUCUGGCAAAUUCAUGUGUAGGAGGUGGGGCUAGUGGUUGUCUGCUAUCUACCGAGGCCACUAGAUGAGUUAUCAGUGACAAACACGGACAUACAAGGUAAUCAGCCAUUCAAACAUGGGGGAUAGGGGGAUUCUUUCAGUUCUUUAAAACCAUUUGCUGAAAAAAAAAUCACUAUUCACUACUACAGGUCAUUAUUUAUAGAAAACUACAUCUGGGUUACUCCUCAAAACACAGAUACAACUUCACAGGUGCUAAUUCAUGUGGGACAUGACUUUUAUUCAUGUAGAUAAACCCUCACACUUGGUCAUUUUUAAUCAUUAUAAACUAACACAAAAAAUGAAUGCAGUUAGGACUUAUUCAGGCAAUGGAGUCAGCUGGUUACCUAAAUUUUAAAGAGCAAACUAAUUGUUAAAACAAUCAUAAUUAUUAUGAUAAUAUUUGAAUCAUGAGUUGUGAUAAAAUCUUAAUCUUAAUCAUGUGAAUCAAGAAGUAACUUAAAUGGAAGAAUUUUCAAAAUGAACCAUUUUAUUAAACUAGUUUACAAACACCAAACAUGCUGAC